AGUUUACCCGUUCUCCUGAACAACUUGCUCGCUCGCCUCGCACACCCGUCUUGUUUUCGCGGCGCAGCUUAGCAUUGAAUGCGUUGCGGCUUUGCUCACAUUAUUUGCUGAAAAAAAAAGAAAUAUAGAGAAAAGAACUAGGUGGAACAACAAAGCAAGAAUCGAUUAAUAAUAAGACAGAAACACCCCCAAACAAUCUCAAACGUCCACCCAACAUAUACACACAAACGCGUUUCAUCUAACAGCACGUUCCCCCCUCCCCCUUUGCCAGUUCAUGUAAAGGCUUCUCUUCUCUUCUUCUUUUGGCUUCUCUUGUUUUAUAGCAUCUCUUGUGCUUUCGAUUGAACGUUUUUUUUCCCAUUUUUAAAUUGUUUAGUGCGUUCACUCACAGAAAGCGGUCUUCUCUCUCUUUCUCCAUCUCUUUUAUCUUUUUUUUUUUUGGUAGAUACUCUAACAACAACAGGUUCCCCCUUCACUUGUUCUCUGAAAAUGAUAAGCUCAGGCAGGGAUGAGGAGGCGGCGCGAUCAUCGCAGGAGAACCGCCACCACCACAAAGAAGACGACUCCUCUUCCGGGGCCGCAUCGACGAAGCUGCCUGACCAGAUAAAGACGUCCAGCAAGUCCUCUCCGAAACUGGCCACCUACACUUUUGAGAAGCCCGACACGUCGGGCUGGAAACUGAGCGACUUUGAGCUGAAAAGCACGCUGGGCACCGGCUCCUUUGGUCGCGUGCGCGUGGCCCAUCGCAAAGGCUCGGACGAGUACUACGCGAUCAAGUGUCUGAAGAAGCGCGAGAUCAUCAAGAUGAAGCAGCAGCAGCACCUUAGCCAGGAGAAAACGAUUCUGAUGGAGCUGUGCCACCCAUUCAUCGUGAACAUGAUGUGCUCUUUCCAGGACGAGAAGAAGGUGUACUUUGUGUUGGAGUUCGUGAUGGGCGGAGAGAUGUUCACGCAUCUGCGUACCGCUGGGCGGUUUCCAAACGAUGUGGCGAAGUUCUAUCACGCGGAGCUUGUGUUGGCCUUCGAGUACCUGCACUCGCUGGACGUGAUCUAUCGCGACCUGAAGCCCGAGAACCUUUUGCUGGACAACAAGGGACACGUGAAGGUGACGGACUUUGGCUUUGCGAAGAAGGUGCCGAACCGGACGUUCACGCUGUGUGGGACCCCAGAGUACCUUGCACCGGAGGUGAUUCAAAGCAAGGGCCACGGGAAGGCGGUGGACUGGUGGACCAUGGGCGUGCUGCUGUACGAAUUCAUUGCCGGCUAUCCGCCGUUCUACGACGACACGCCAUUCCGUAUCUACGAGAAGAUUCUUUCUGGACGACUGAAGUUUCCGAAUUGGUUCGACGGGCGUGCGCGCGACCUUGUGAAGGGGCUGCUGCAGACGGACCACACGAAGCGGCUGGGGACGUUGAAGGGCGGUGCGGCGGACGUGAAGAACCACCCGUACUUCCACGGGGCGAACUGGGACAAGCUGUACGCGCGCUACUACCCCGCGCCGAUCCCUGUGAAGGUGAAGAGCGCUGGCGACACGAGCAACUUCGAAAACUACCCGGACAGUCCCGUGGACCGUACGCCCGCGCUGACCUCCGUUCAGCAGGCAGAGUUCAAAGAGUUCUAA